GGGCUCAUUCAGCAGCGGGGAGCUGCCUGCGAGGGGGAGCGGCCAGGCAGAGAGCGCGACUCGUCCCGGGGGUGGGGCCGGACGCAGCGGCUAGAGCCGACGGAGGUGGCCGCGGCGGCAGCAGCGCGGCAGCCUCGAACCCGGCCCGGAGCGCAGGGCGGCCGCCGCACCGCGCAGCUCCCCGCUCCCUCCCCGGUGCGCCGGCCCUCCCAUGGCGGCCGCGGGGCAGCUGUGGCUGCUCUACCUGUCGGCGGGGCUCCUGCCCCGGCUCGGCGCUGCCUUCAACUUGGACACCCGCGAGGACAAUGUGAUCCGGAAAACUGGGGACCCCGGGAGCCUCUUCGGCUUCUCGCUGGCCAUGCACUGGCAACUGCAGCCCGAGGAUAAGCGGCUGUUGCUUGUGGGGGCCCCUCGGGCAGUGGCCCUUCCAUUGCAGAAGGCCAACAGAACAGGAGGCUUAUACAGCUGUGACAUCACCUCUCGGGACCCUUGCACACGGAUUGAGUUUGAUAACAAUGCUGACCCUUUAUCAGAAAGCAAGGAAGAUCAGUGGAUGGGGGUCACUGUCCAGAGCCAAGGGCCUGGUGGCAAAGUUGUGACAUGUGCUCAUCGCUAUGAAAAAAGACAACAUGUUAAUACAAAGCAGGAAUCCCGAGACAUCUUUGGAAGGUGUUACGUCCUGAGUCAGAACCUCAUGAUUGAAGAUGAGAUGGAUGGAGGAGAAUGGUGUUUUUGUGAUGGCCGAUUGAGAGGCCAUGAAAAAUUUGGUUCUUGCCAGCAAGGUGUAGCAGCUACUUUUACUAAAGACUUUCAUUACAUUGUCUUUGGAGCCCCAGGCACUUACAACUGGAAAGGGAUUGUUCGCGUAGAACAAAAGAAUAACACUUUUUUUGACAUGAACAUCUUUGAAGAUGGGCCUUAUGAAGUUGGUGGAGAGACUGACCAUGAUGAAAGUCUAGUUCCUGUUCCUGCUAACAGUUACUUAGGCUUUUCUCUGGACUCAGGGAAAGGGAUUACUUCUAAAGAUGACAUCACUUUUGUAUCCGGUGCUCCGAGAGCCAAUCACAGUGGAGCUGUGGUCUUGCUAAAAAGAGACAUGAAGUCUGCACAGUAUCUUCUCCCCGAGCACAUAUUUGACGGGGAAGGUCUGGCUUCUUCAUUUGGCUACGACGUGGCGGUUGUGGACCUUAACAAGGAUGGGUGGCAAGAUAUAGUGAUUGGUGCCCCACAGUAUUUUGACAGAGAUGGAGAAGUUGGAGGUGCAGUGUAUGUCUACAUGAACCAGCAAGGCAAAUGGAAAAAUGUCAAGCCAAUUCGUCUUAAUGGAACCAAAGAUUCUAUGUUUGGCAUUGCUGUCAAAAAUAUUGGCGAUAUUAAUCAAGAUGGCUACCCAGAUAUUGCAGUUGGAGCUCCCUAUGAUGAUAAUGGAAAGGUUUUUAUCUAUCAUGGAUCCACGAAUGGAAUAAAUACCAAACCAACACAGGUUCUCGAGGGAAAGUCACGCUUUUUUGGAUAUUCAAUUGCUGGGAAUAUGGACCUUGAUAGAAAUUCCUACCCCGAUGUUGCUGUUGGCUCCCUGUCAGAUUCAGUAACUAUUUUCAGAUCCAGGCCUGUGAUUAAUAUUCAGAAAACCAUCACGGUAACACCCAACAGGAUUGAUCUCCGCCAGAAAACGGCCUGCGGGGCGCCCAGCGGGAUCUGCCUCAAGGUUAAGGCCUGCUUUGACUAUACUGCCAAACCCACUGGUUACAAUCCUUCAAUAUCCAUUGUGGGCACACUGGAGGCUGAAAAGGAGAGAAGAAAAUCUGGGCUGUCAUCAAGAGUUCAGUUUCGAAACCAAGGUUCCGAGCCCAAGUAUACUAAAGAAAUAACUCUGUCCAGGCAGAAGCAGAAGGUGUGCAUGGAGGAAACCCUCUGGCUGCAGGAAAAUAUCAGAGAUAAACUGCGUCCCAUCCCCAUAACUGCUUCAGUAGAGAUCCAGGAGCCAAACACUCGGAGGCGAGUGAAUUCACUUCCAGAGAUUUUUCCAAUUCUGAAUUCAAAUGAGCCCAAGAUGAUUCAUACAGAUGUGCACUUCUUAAAAGAGGGAUGUGGAGACGACAACGUAUGUAACAGCAACCUUAAACUAGAAUACAAGUUCGGUACCCGAGAGGGAAAUCAGGACAAAUUUUCUUAUCUCCCCAUUCAAAAAGGGGUUCCAGAACUAGUUCUAAAAGAUCAGAAGGACAUUGCUUUAGAAAUAACAGUGACCAACAGCCCUUCCGACCCGAGGAACCCCACGAAAGAUGGCGAUGAUGCACACGAAGCUAAGCUCAUUGCAACUUUUCCGGACACUCUGACUUACUCCGCAUAUCGAGAACUGAAGGCUUUCCCUGAGAAACAGUUGAGCUGUGUUGCCAACCAGAAUGGGUCACAAGCAGACUGUGAGCUUGGAAAUCCUUUUAAAAGAAAUUCCAGUGUUACUUUUUAUUUGAUUUUAAGUACAACUGAGGUCACCUUUGACACCACAGAUCUGGAUAUUAAUCUGAAGUUGGAAACAACAAGCAAUCAAGAUAAUUUGGCUUCAAUUACAGCGUCUGCAAAAGUGGUUAUUGAACUGCUUUUAUCUGUCUCUGGAGUUGCUAAGCCUUCGCAGGUGUAUUUUGGAGGGACAGUCCUAGGUGAGCAAGCUAUGAAGUCUGAAGAUGAAGUGGGAAGUUUGAUCGAGUAUGAGUUCAGGGUUAUUAACUUGGGCAAACCUCUUAAAAACCUCGGCACAGCAACCUUGAAUAUCCAGUGGCCAAAAGAAAUUAGUAAUGGCAAAUGGUUGCUUUACUUGGUCAAAGUAGAAUCCAAAGGAUUGGAAAAGAUAACUUGCGAGCCAUCAAAUGAAAUAAACCCUCUGGACUUAAAGGAGUCGCACAACUCAAGAAAGAAACGGGAUAUUGCCGAAAAACAGAUUGACGAUAGCAGAAAGUUUUCUUUAUUUGCUGAAAGAAAAUACCAGACCCUUAACUGCAGCGUCAACGUGAACUGCGUGAGGAUCAGCUGCCCGCUGCGUGGGCUGGACAGCAAGGCCUCCGUGGUUCUGCGCUCGAGGUUGUGGAACAGCACGUUUCUAGAGGAAUAUUCUAAAAUGAACUACUUGGACAUUCUCGUGCGGGCUUCCAUUGAUGUAGCUGCUGCCACCGAGAACAUCAAGCUGCCAAACGCAGGCACUCAGGUUCGGGUGACUGUUUUUCCCUCAAAGACUGUAGCUCAGUAUUCAGGAGUCCCCUGGUGGAUCAUCCUAGUGGCUAUUCUUGCUGGAAUUCUGAUGCUUGCUCUAUUAGUUCUUUUAUUAUGGAAGUGUGGAUUCUUUAAACGCUCUAGGUACGAUGACAGCAUUCCCCGAUACCAAGCUGUAAAGAUCCCGAAAGAAGAGCGAGAGAUCAAAGAUGAAAAAUAUAACGAUAACCUGGAAAAAAAGCAGUGGAUCACAAGGUGGAAUGAAAAUGAAAGCUACUCCUAGGGGACCGGAAGAGCUUCAGAGUACCCGAACUACGUUUUCCCCCCAACUCAGAAAUCCAAACGGUUUAAAAGCCUGAUACCUGAAUUUUGAUUUCAGACAGACUACACAUAGUACGAACCUCUAGUUUUGACUUCUGUGGACAUUGUUAUGUAGCCCGAAGCCCCUGUUUUGCACAGCCAAAUGUAAGACUGUUGAAGUGGAUUUUUCUUUAACUGCCUUAAUUUAACUUUGCGGGUUGCCUUUGUUUUCGGUGUGGCUGGCUCGCAGGUGCGUGUGGGAAGGGGCCUGCCCAGGUGCGCUCAUCUGACAUCCCCCCGAUAGUGGAACUGGAGGAAGGCACCCACAGUCACCGUGCCAGUGGAGUGACCAUUGGCAUGGCCUCCGCAAGCAUUCUUCUCGUGGGACUGGAGAACCUGCAAGUCAGCGGUCUCCCAUCACAAGACAAUGCCGUAGGGGUAGUUGUGUUUCAGUUCAAAGUGCUAUCUUAAAUUAAAUGUGCAAUAGAAGGUGAUGUUGCCAUCCUGCCAUCUUUUUCCAUGUCCCAGAUGUGUGAAUACUUGUUCACACCAAAAACAUCCAGAUUUCAUUCUCCCUUUUCACUAAAACACACAGGUGCAAACAGACUUGAAUGCUAGUUAUACUUAUUUGUAUAUGGUAUUUAUUUUUUCUUUUUUUUACAAACCAUUUUGUUAUUGACUAACAGGCCAAAGAUUCUCCAGUUUAUCCUUUAGAUUAAGCAAUCAGAAUUAGAACAUGGGAGGUCAUUGGUUUGACCUAAAGUGUUUACUACAAAAAGAAAAUAAUGCUUUAUAAAUGUACCAGAGAGUUGUUAUAAUUUACAGAUAAGUUUAAGUUAUUAAAGCAUCUUCCUUCAUGACAACCCUUACCCCCUCCCUCCAAGCCCCAAAGGGUUGUUUAAGAAAUGGGAUUAACUGUUAGAUGUUUAAUUCCUAACAGACAUAGCAUGUUUUUGAGUUUAGAGCCCUGUGUGACAAUUCUGAAUUUAAUGCUAUAACUUUCAGGAACUCUUGGAAAUAAUGGGUCUGUUUCUUGACCUUUCGUCACUGCUGUAUAUACAGGACUUGAAAGAAAUGGUGAGUGCCUGUGGCGGGUCCAAACGACCCAGUGGAAGACUACUGAGUGCCCGCUGCCAAGUCAUUAGAACAUGGCUUUUAAGCUUUCAAUACUGUUGGAAUCACUUCAUGGGAGUCAGUGUUCUAUUUUUUUGCUGUGUUUCCUCCCCUAUUUCCCAGAAUUACUUUAGGACUACUCUGACAAAAACUUCAAAUUGUUUUUUAAUUGUAAAAAUGGAGGAGAGGAGGAAGAUAUUCUUCUAUACAUUCAACAGAGCUUGAAUAGAUGUGAAAGCCAGAUUUUAGGAAAUGACUGUGCUUCAGAAUGUCGUCAUGUGGGGAGCAACAGCAAACAGGUGCUAAUUUGUUUGGAUGUAGCGUAAGCCAUGUCUCAUUCUUUUAAAAACAAAACACAGCUUGGAGUUUAACUUUUUUUUUUUCCCUUUGGAAAUCGUAUACCUUUAAGAUACUAAGAACAUUAUUCUAGUUGUACUUUGGAAUUUUCAUUCACAAAAAUUGUUUUACAAAUGAUAUUUUGUUUACAAAAAUUUAUCAAGAACAGGUCAUAACUGUUUAAAAUCUCAGUUUCUUGCUUAGGUAACUUGGACCUAAUGCACUGGCUUUGUAGGUUGCUAAGAAGCUGAUAUUUUGAACUUGUUAUAAAGACGAAUGUCCUUGAAAAGGGGCGAGGGGGGUGAAAGGUGAUUCAGUAACAAAGAAACAAGAAUGUAGUGGUGUUUAAGUUCAUAGUUGUGAAAACGUCAUCUCAAGUCAAGUCACUGGUCUGUUCGCAUUUGAUACAUUUUUAUACUAACUAGCAUUGUAAAAUUAUUUCAUGAUUAGAAAAUACCUGUGGAUAUUUGUAUAAAAGUGUGAAAUAAAUUUUUUUA